AUGGCAGAACGAUCCGCAGACCGCGCUCCCUCGGUGAGCUCUUCUGUCACCGAGGCCGAUUCUUUUGACGGCCAAGAGAAGAAUGGCGAGGCCAGUUUCGUCAAGUUGAAGACCCCGGAGGAGAUGGAAAUCGGCGACGAUGUCGAGCGUGCAGAACUUCUGCCAAACCAAGAGCCAGCGCCCGCCGCGCAGCCCAAGGAGGCCUCGACGAGACAGGCCGUGGUGUGGAUGGUUGUGAACACACUGGCGACAAUUGGAAUUGUCUUCACAAAUAAAGCCAUCUUCUCCGAUCCUUCACUCAAGCUAGUUCAGCUUACCUUCGCGGCCUUCCACUUCUUCAUAACAUGGCUCACGCUCUUCACAAUCUCGCGGCCGCGAUUCGCAUACUUCGUACCCCGAAAGGUCGCUAUCAAGGAGAUCAUACCUCUCGCAAUCGCCAUGUCGCUGAACGUCAUCUUGCCUAACCUCUCCUUGGCCUUCUCAACCGUCACAUUCUACCAGGUGGCGCGGAUCCUGCUCACACCCAUGGUAGCGCUUAUGAACUUCGUACUUUACAGAGCCACACUUCCCCGAAUGGCCAUCUACGCCUUGAUUCCAGCCUGCGCCGGUGUCGGAAUGGUAUCCUACUACGAUUCUCUGCCCAGCGCUGAUGCCAGUGUGAAGACCACCAGCACGUUGGGGGUUAUUUUCGCAUUCACGGGCAUCUUCGCCAGCUCAUUGUACACGGUGUGGAUUGCCAGCUACCACAAGAAGCUACAGAUGAACAGCAUGCAACUGCUCUUCAACCAAGCCCCACUGGCCGCUUUCAUGCUCCUCUACGUGAUCCCAUUCGUGGACACUUUCCCCACGUGGACUGAAGUGCCUGUAAACCGAUGGGUCAUGAUCCUGUUUUCCGGCUUCUUCGCGAUGGUAAUCAACAUCUCUCAAUUCUUCAUCAUCGCCCAGACAGGUCCUGUAUCCAGCACAGUCGUAGGGCAUGUCAAGACUUGUUCCAUUGUCGCCUUGGGAUGGAUGUCAUCAGGCCGAGCCGUGGGCGACAAAUCCAUCAUUGGCGUUUUCAUCGCCAUUGGGGGAAUAAUUGGCUACUCCGUGGUAAUGCUUAAGCACAAAGCCCAACAAGCCAAAUCAUGA